GACCGCGUCCGCAGCCCGGGCCGCGGAGGGGCCGGCGGGGCCCCUUGCUGCAGAGCCAGAUGUACGGGACGCGGGGCUGCCAAGGCUCGGCGGGGAGGUGCUGGGGGCUGCCGCCGCCGCUGCUGCCGCGGCCGAGGGGGAGCCCUUAGCUGUGCGGGAAGCGGGGAAGCCGCGUCGGGAGCUGUUAUUUUCCCCUCCUUCCUUUGCCUUCCCUCUUGUCCCUCCUCCCCCUCCUCACCAAAACCGGGAGAGGAGGCGUGUUCGGUGCCUUGCUGCACCGGUUUUGCUUGGUUUGUUGUUGCAGGGCUUGGUUCUCAGGGCGGCUGGGUUUUUUCUUUUUUUCUCUUUUCUCUUCCAACCUCCCCGCCUUCUCCCUUCCUCUCCUUUGGCCCAUCGCAUGCUCGGAUCCGGCUGGAUCCUUCCUUCGCUUUUCGGCGGUGCCUCUCGGAAGGGGGAAGGGAGAGCUGGGAUGAGUGCAGCUUGACGCACAGGCGAGGAGCGGGGGGGCACCGCCGGCAGCUGCAGCGGUUCGUGGCCGCAGGCUGCGGGUGAGGAACGGAGAGAGCGAGGGGCUCCCUCGGUGCCUCCCCUUUCUUCGCCCCUGUCCUUCCUCCCCUCCUCCCUCUCUCCCUCCCCCAUCCGUCUCCUGCCGGUCCGGCUGGGAGCGUGUGUGCAAUACUUUACGCUGCAAGGUGCGCGAGUGUGUGCGCGGAGCGGAGGGAGGGAAGGACUCGCGAGGGAGCCGGGGCUGCCCCGGCCCCCCCUAUGUGAGCCUCCCCGGGCGGCUGCAUGGCGAUAGAGCGGCGCCGUGAGGCGGGCGGCGGGGGCCGGCCGCUGCCCGAGGAGAACGGCUCCGUGCCGGGGGCCGUGGGGGGGGGCGCCGCCGCCCCCCCGGGGCCUCCCCCCGCCAACGCCGCCGGGGCCGAGAUCCAGGCGCUGCCGGUGCCGCCGCCCGCCGCCGCCUGCAGCCCGCUGCUCCUCGACUACGACGGCUCGGUGCUACCCUUCCUCGGGGGGCUGGGCGGCCGCUACCAGCGGACCCUGGUGCUGCUCACCUGGGUCCCGGCGCUCGUCAUCGGCUUCAGCAAGUUCUCGGACUCCUUCCUCCUGGACCAGCCCGACUUCUGGUGCCGGGAGGCGGACGGGCAAGGCAACUGGAGCGGGACCCUGGCGCCCAUCCACGCCAACCACAGCGGCAACGGGAGCAUCUUCCCCCCGCCCGGGCUGCCCACCCCCGCGGGGGGCAACGCCAGCGAGUGCGGCUGCCGCGAGUGGCACUACCGCAUCCGAGCCGGCCUCGUCCAAAACGUCGUGAGCAAGUGGGAUCUUGUUUGUGAUUCUGCCUGGAAAGUCCACAUUGCUAAGUUCUCCCUGCUUGUAGGAUUAAUCUUUGGCCACUUGAUAACAGGAUGUAUAGCCGACUGGGUUGGUCGACGGCCUGUACUGCUCUUCUCUGUCAUAUUCAUUUUGAUAUUUGGACUGACUGUGGCACUCUCAGUGAAUGUGACCAUGUUCAGCACACUCAGGUUUUUUGAGGGAUUUUGCCUGGCUGGAAUUGUCCUCUCCCUGUACGCGCUGCGGAUAGAGCUCUGUCCUCCCGGGCACCGGUUCAUGAUCACCAUGGUGGCGAGCUUCAUCGAGAUGGCAGGGCAGUUCCUCAUGCCAGGGCUGGCUGCCCUCUGCAGGGACUGGCAGGUCCUCCAGGCAGUCAUCAUCUGUCCCUUCCUGCUGAUGCUGUUUUACUGGGUUAUUUUCCCAGAGUCUCUUCGGUGGUUGAUGGCUACACAACAGUUUGAGGCAUCCAAGGAGCUGAUCCUUCAGCUCACGCACAAGAACAGGAUGAGCACAGAAAGCGACAUCAAAGGAGUGGUGCCUGGGCAUAGGAUGGACGAAUCAGUGCAUAGGAUGGACGAUGAUGUGGGAAUGAAGCUGUUGUCUGUUCCUCAUUUGUUGCAGAAUUUGGAAGAGCUGGAAAAGGAAAUCACCAGGAGACCAAAGAAAGUCUGCAUUGUUAAAGUGGUGGGAACAAGGAACCUGUGGAAAAACAUCGUAGUGUUGUGUGUGAACUCGCUGACUGGUUAUGGCAUACACCACUGUUUUGCAAAGAGUAUGAUGGGGCAUGAGGCGAAGAUGGCGAUUACCCACAACUUCUACGCGGACUACUACACCAUGGCCGGGAUCGCGCUGGCAUCCUGCCUGGCCAUGUGCCCUGUGGUCGGCUUUCUGGGCAGGAGAGGAGGACUCCUGCUCUUCAUGAUACUCACAGCUCUGGCAUCGCUCCUGCAGCUGGGCCUUCUCAACUUGAUUGGAAAAUACAGUCAACUUCCAGACUCAGGUAUGAGUGACAGUGUCAAAGACAAAUUCUCUGUUGCGUUUUCCAUCGUGGGUAUGUUCUCUUCGCAUGCUGUUGGAAGCCUCAGCGUGUUCUUCUGUGCUGAAAUCACACCCACAGUAAUCAGGGGCGGCGGGCUGGGGCUGGUGCUGGCCAGCGCGGGCUUUGGCCGCCUGACCGCCCCCAUCAUGGAGCUGCACAACCAGAAAGGUUACUUCCUCCACCACGUCAUCUUCGCCUGCUGCACACUCAUCUGCAUCAUCUGCAUCCUGCUGCUGCCCGAGAGCAAGAACCAGCACCUGCCUGAGAACAUCCCAGACGGGGAACACUACACGCGGCAGCCGCUGCUGCCGCACAAGAAGGGCGAGCAGCCCCUGCUCCUGACAAACUCUGAACUCAAGGAUUACUCUGGCCUCCACGACUCAGCAGCUGUGAGCGACGGCAUCUCCGAGAACACCACUGCCAACGGCAUGAAGUAGAUGUAACUGGGUGGAUUUUUUCCCUUCUCCUUUUUAUUUUAAUUAUUUUAUUUCCCCGUCUUAUAUUUCUUCUCUUCCUUUUGUAUUUUAUUUGAUGCUGUUGUGCGGGAGGAGUUGCACUUUGGGCAAAGGUGUUUUGCAGAGAUUUUACAAACCAGUGAUGGAGCAGACACAAACUUAGAGGAAUUCAACUCUGCUACUAAAGCAAAUUUUGGCAUCUUCAACAGUCAUGCAGAUUACUUUUGAAAAGUUUUGGGGGAAAAGACUCAUUUGAGAAAAGACCUGGCUGGCAGUAGCCCUUCAGAACUCUUUUUUUCCUGCCAUUAAAUAUGUAUAUUUAUUUUGAUUUAUUCUCAAGAAGCACUUUAUUUCCUUUUCCCUUCAUAGAUCACAAAAAUGAAGCCAUCUUUUAAGAGGUGCAGCCAUUCCAAGAAAGAAACCAUGGGGGGAGGGGGAGUGUUGUUUUCUGUUUUGUUUUUGUGUUUCUUUAAAGGAAAGAGGGAUUCACUGCAAAGUUGAAUUGACUUAGACUUGUGCAACAUUCUUCUGCCUGUCUAGAAAGUCCAAGUGCCCAGAUUGCCUGCUGUGUUUGUAUACAGUAAAAAAAAGAAAAAAAAAAGAAGAAAAAGCAAA